AUGGCUACAAAACACCCUUUUUCAGGUUCUUUUAUAAUUCAAGAACUUGCUUCAAACAGAAGGCCUGGAAAUAGACUACUAAUGUGUGCCAACAAUCAAAUCUCAACCAAUAGUAAACUUCUUCAGAUCAGAUCAUCUAUCAAGAACAAGGUUUUCGAAGAUCUGUCCUCCGGUAUUGUUUGUUAUAAGGAUGAUAAUGGAGAGAUAAUAUGCGAAGGAUACGACGAGGGUCCUCGUUUUCACCAGAAAUCAACGAGAAUCACUUGUGAUUCAAGAGAUGUUGAGAUCGUUGACCUGUUUCACAGAUGUUGGCUUCAAGUGGCUGAUGAUAAUGAGCCUAAAAAUGCAGACAAAGGGUUAAUAACAUGUACAGAUCUUUUGAAUGUAACAUACAAGAAUACUUUCUCAAAACCAUUCAGACUGAAUAAGAGUUUCAGUUUGGGUCUCAUCUUGGGAACUAAAUCAAUAUCUUCUUCAAUCGUUGCUGGUGUAAUGUUUCGACCAAGUUUUGAAUGA